AUGUUUCCGGUACGCACCUGCACAGUCCAGUUAUUGGCGCUUGUGCUGUCGUGGUGUUCUCAACGACAUGGGGAGCAGUGAUUCUAAGCGAAGGUUUUCGUUAGCCCGAUGUUUCUUUAGUCUUCUCUGCACUUUCACGUGCACAAAACUUACUCACAGCCAAAAAGAAGGCGAUGUUCGUCUUGUAGGAAAUACAACUGUAGCUGUAUCGAGUGGACUCCUGGAAGUGUUUCACAAUGGUACUUGGGGUACGGUGUGUGACGACGGUUGGACAGAAUUGAACUCUGAUGUAGUGUGUCAACAGCUCGGUUAUGUAAGAGCUAACAAGAAUACUCCGAGCAUUCGUCCAUCGAGUGCUAAUCGACAAUCUUGGCAAUCUCGUGUUGCUUGCAAUGGGACUGAAUCAAACGUAUCUCAAUGCAAUUUAACUGAAUGGAAAAAUGCAACCUGUGGUUCUGAUCAAGGGAUAGCUAUUUCUUGUAAGACUUUUGAGGGGGAAGUAAGGCUUGUUGGAGGUGCAAAUGAUCGGCAAGGGAGACUAGAAGUCUUCCACAAUGGUAGCUGGGGCACUGUGUGUGAUAGAUAUUUCUCUGGUCAGGAAGCUAAUACUGUGUGCAAGCAACUGGGGUAUCGUAACGGUGCCACAGUGUAUCGGGGAACAUUUUUUGGAGAAGGAAAAGGACCUGUGUGGCUGGAUGACUUCCAAUGCUGCUCUGGUGAUAACGAGCUUACGUCAUGCAGAAACUUAGACUGGGGAAAAAGUGAUUGUCUACAUAGUCGAGAUGUUGGUGUGGAAUGUGCUUAUGACUUACAUGGAUAUGUUCGUCUAAGGGGGAGUUCAAAGCACAGUGAAGGUCGACUAGAAGUCUAUAAUACGUACUCAUUUGAUCCUAUAUGUAGCAACGCAUUCAGCGAUGCUGCAGCUCAAGUAGUGUGUCGUCAAUUGGGAUUCUCAAACCCAAACCCUACUUUACGUGAUGGAAGAUAUUAUUAUAAAAGAGGAUAUUACAGACCUGAGUUGGAUUUAUCAAGAUGUAAUGGAGAUGAGAUUCAUCUUUCUAACUGUCCUGGCUUUGGAUCGACUACAGAAUGUCCUGAUCACCUUAUUGUCGGCAUUGAUUGCAAGUCCAAUGCUGCUGUCGAUGGUGAUAUCAGACUGAUCGGGGGCGAUAAAAAGGACGGGCGUGUAGAAAUAUUUAGAAGUGGUGCUUGGUCGCCCGUGUGUGACACCUCAUUUGACAGAAACGAUGCCCGAGUCGUGUGUCGCCAAGUGUAUGGAAAGUAUCCUCUUUACGCUUUUGCCGUCUCCACCAGCAAUACUUACUAUGAUCAAGGAAUCGGGGCGGCAUUGAAUGUUGAUUUCAAUUGUACCGGCAAUGAAAACAGUCUGUCCGACUGCACAUCGCGGGUGCUGAGUACCACGGAUGUAUGUCCGAAUGGGCAUGCUGUUGUAAACUGUGUCUUCAGUGAUGUGUGUCGAACGUACGGCUACGAUAGACUUGAAGGAUCUGAGUCUAUUAUAGAAGGUCGUGUCGAGAUCAAUCAUAAUGGUGUGCUAGGGGCCGUUUGUAGGAAUGGAGAUCUUGAGGCCGCUGCAAAGCUAAUCUGUGAUAACGAUGGACUUAUUCAAGCCAUUCCUAAAGUAGUUGAUGUUUCAAAAUAUGAGCCCGGCAAUGGUAUUAUCUGGAAGGAUAGCUACUUUGACCCUGCGCCAAACGGAUCUGUGUCAGUGAGCUGUGAUUAUUCGGAUGUCUUGGCUAUUCAAUGCGGUUAGACAAUUUCAAUCACACCUGUUUAUGUAAUGAUCUCAUAUUCAGUGUCUUGUUUAUAGCUAAACAAGAGACACAUGCGACAUUAAUCCUUGCUCUUGGUGUUACUAUUCCGUUGGUUGCCUUCACUAUCUUCUUUGUUCUUUGUGCGAUUGCUAUGAGACCACGAAGGAGAGACCUUUCAUCAGCAGGUUUUAGAGCCGGAUCUCAAGAGGUGCUUGAUACCAAACCAGAAGAUUAGACAAAAUUCAAGGCUCAAUUGCAUCGAGUUCAACGAUUGUAAAAGUAUGUUCGUAAGAUGUGACAUAGUAGUUACUCGAAAUUUAUAAGUUGGGCAACAUCUUGUAAGGACUUUCUUAUAUUUCAGGGGAGGUAGACGGACAGUGGAGUUUGAGUUGUUGUGGCAGGUAGCUGUGUGUCUGCUGUGUUGUUGGUAAUUCGUUAACCUAGAGUGACCUCGUUUAUAAGAUCUAUUUCAAACUUCAAACUGA